AGGCAGGGAGCGUGAGGAGCUGGCAGGAGGCGGUGGAACAAGAGGCCGCCACGUCAGCAGCGGCGGAUGGGAACCUCGAGAUUGCCGCAGCAGGCGGGAUCGAGGAUAUUCAGAAGACGGAGAACCCCAUGAGCAUUGUGUUCGUGGCGUCAGAGGUAGCCCCUUACUCCAAAACCGGUGGCCUGGCGGACGUGGUGGGGUCGCUGCCAGUGGCGCUGGCAGCGAGGGGGCACCGCGUGAUGGUGGUGGCGCCGCGCUACAUGAACGGCGUGACUGACAAGCUCUAUGCGGGGGCCUUCGACAUGCAGUGUCGCAUCAAGUGCUUCUGCUUUGAGGGCGCACACGAGGUGGCCUUCUUCCAUGAAUUCAGAGACGGCGUUGACUUUGUCUUUGUCGACCAUCCAUCCUACCACCGUCCCGGCACGCCCUAUGGCGAUCAGAACGGCACGUUUGGGGACAACCAGUUCCGCUUCACGCUGCUGUGCCAUGCGGCCUGUGAGGCGCCUCUACAGCUGGAGCUGGGCGGGUUCACGUACGGAGAGAAGGUGCUAUUCAUCGCCAAUGACUGGCAUGCUGGGCUGCUGCCCGUCCUCGUCGCGUCCAACUACCGCCCUCACGGUGUGUACAAGGAUGCUCGCACCAUCCUUGCCAUCCACAACCUCUCCCACCAGGGCGUGGAGCCAGGCUACACAUUCGGCAGCCUGGGAGUCCCGGGUGAAUGGUACGGCGCGCUGGAGUGGGUGUUCCCUGAGUGGGCGCGCAAGCACGAGUUGGACAAGGGCGAGGCGGUGAACAUCCUCAAGGGGGCCAUUGUGACUGCUGACAGGAUCGUGACUGUCAGCCCGGGUUACGCCUGGGAGAUCACCACAGUGGAGGGCGGGUGGGGGCUUGACGGGCUGCUCAGGGGGCGAAGCUUCGUGCUCAACGGUAGGAAGCUUCACAUGCAAUCAAUACAGACUGCGAUGAGGUGCAUUGGCGUGGUGGCACACUUCUUUCCCCCCUCCCUCCCCAUGACUUUUUUUGAGGCGCCUCAAAACUAUGACGUGCAUUGGCGUGGUGGCACACUUCCCCCCUCCCCAUGGCUUUGUGUGACCAACGGAGUGGAUGUGGUGGACUGGACUGGAACCCUGCCAGCCACGGACAAGCCUGCAAAGCAGAGAAGCACAUCGCAUCUGAACCGCCCUAACCCCCCUUCCCUGCCCCUUGCCGUGCUUGCAGGUGUGACCAACGGAGUGGAUGUGGUGGACUGGAACCCUGCCACAGACAAGCACAUCCCCUCGCAGUACACUGCUGCUGACAUGGCUGGCAAGGCAGCGUGCAAGGCAGCACUGCAGCAAGAGUUGGGUCUCCCUGUCCGACCUGACGUGCCUCUGAUCGGCUUCAUCGGUCGCUUGGACUGGCAAAAGGGCCCUGACGUUAUUCAAGCGGGAGUGCCGGAGCUUAUGACUGACGACGUGCAGUUUAUCAUGCUGGGGAGUGGCGAUGCGGAGUACGAGUCAUGGAUGGCGUGGGCGGAGGGCGAGUAUCGGGACAAGUUCCGCGGCUGGGUGGGCUUCUCCGUGCCUGUGGCCCACAGGAUGACGGCGGGCUGCGACAUCCUGCUCAUGCCAUCGCGAUUCGAGCCGUGCGGGCUGAACCAGCUGUACGCCAUGCGAUACGGCACCAUCCCCGUUGUGCACGCCACUGGCGGGCUGAGGGACACGGUUCAGGACUUCAACCCGUUUGCCAAUGAGGGCAAGGGCGAUGGCACGGGGUGGACCUUCUCACCGCUCACCAAGGAAGCCAUGAUGGGGGCGCUGUGGACGGCGAUCCAGACGUACAGGGAGCACAAGGACUCGUGGGCGCGGGUGAUGGAGAGGGGAAUGCUGCAGGACAUGUCGUGGAACAAGGCAGCCGAGCAGUACGAGCAGAUCUUUGGCUGGGCCAUGCAGGACAAGCCCUAUGCUUGA